AUGGAACUAACGCAUCUAAUGGUUAUAAUGGCUCUCUCCAUUGGCAUAGCCACAGGGCGACUUAAUUCUCGCCAACCCAGUGGUUAUACCCCAUCGAGGAUUGUGGGUGGAGCCGAUGUGCCAGCCGGUGAGCAUAUACCCUAUCAAGUAUCGCUGCAGUACCGCACAGCCGAGGGACAAAUGCAUUUCUGUGGUGGUUCCAUAAUUACACCGAAUCGCAUCCUGACUGCGGCUCAUUGUUGUCAGGGUUUGAAUGUAACGCGAAUGUCUGUGGUGGCCGGAAUUCGUAAUCUCGGGGAGCGAGGAGCACGCUCUCGGGUGGUCGCCUACGAUAUACAUCCAAAUUAUAAAGAACUGGUUACCAGUGACUUGGCUGUGCUAUCCAUUGAGCCGUCAUUGAAGCUCAAUAACAAAAGCAUUUCGUCCAUUGAGUAUGCCAACAAGGGUAAAAAUAGUUUUGUGGGCGGUGGAGUUCCCGUGACCCUUACUGGAUGGGGUCUACGUCUUCCAGUACCAUUUCCGUUUUUGGAUGCAUUCAAUUAUCCCAGCAUCUUACAACGCAUGAACUAUAAUACCAUAACGAAUAGAGAAUGCCGGGAAAUGGGCAUGGAAAGUGUAACGAAUACGGAAAUCUGUGCUCGAGGACCUCUCAGAGGAGCAUGUUCGGGUGACUCUGGCGGUCCGUUGGUGAUGAGCACAGAAGACGGCUUGAGGCAAGUGGGCAUUGUUUCGUAUGGUCUAGUGGUCUGCGGUCUUUACCUUUCGCCUGACGUUUAUACACGGGUUUCCACUUUUAGUGAUUGGAUAGAUGAGAAGUGCCUUGAUGAAUAA